UGCAUCAAAUUACUUUCCUUUCUCUUUCUCUGAUUGACUCUACGAAAUAUGAGGUAAGCCAUGCCUCAGUGAAUUAUGUAGGUCGGAUUUAGUGUUCACCAAGAAAGCCAUGAUAGCUGGAAAAUAUGAGGCAAGCCAUUCCCGAAAUAGCUACCGCCAGCUCCGUUAAUUCAUCCCGGAGUGUACUCAAUUGCCCCGCCGAUGUUUCUUGCGUUUUCCGAUCCCGUAUGACGGUGCUUCAGUCGGAAAUGGUGACUUCUGGAUACUUUUUCAGUGCUACGAAACUUCGUCUGCUUCAUUGUAAAACCGCUGUUGCAGCACUUGAAAACCAAUUUUCCUCCAGCAAGUUUACCUCUAGCUCGCAGGGUGUCCAAUUCGGCGGUGAAGAGUUUGUGACAAGUUUACUGGCCAGAAGAUGGGCGUUGGCUAACCCCGAUACCAAAAUAAACAAAGUUAUGUUCUCAACUUCAGAUACAAAUCUCCAUGAUUUUCCAGCCAGUCACCUCUUAUUGGGAGUAGAUACUAGUGAUGUGUCGGGGACAGAUUAUUCAGAGCAAUCAUUCUAUGUAGCUAGGGACGAUUUAUUGCAUCCUCUGAUAAAUGGUAACAAGGCAAGAAAAUUGGAUGGGGUUCUACCUCUUAUUGAAGAUAAUUCAGUGACUGAUGUGGUUACAUGUGGGGGUUGUCAAAGUGCACAUGCAGCUGCUACUGCUGUUUUAUGUGCAGAAAGAGGUUUGAGGUCACAUUUACUUCUACGAGGGGAGCAACCUGAAUUUUUAACUGGAUACAACUUAAUGUCAACAAUAUAUGGAAAUGUCACAUAUGUUCCAAGAUCUAUUUAUGCCAAUAGGGAAAAAAUGCUCAAGAGUCAAGCUGAUUUGGUGGCAGGCAGUAGUGGCAGUAUCGUAUGGUUCAAUGAUAUUUUUCCUACUUCUCUCGGGAAGCAACCAUGUUCUAGUACAAAUUCUGUGCAUUUUGAUUAUGAUUUUCAUAGAAUGGCUAGAAAGCAUGGAAGAAGGGUUAUAGUUAUCAAUGAAGGAGCUGGAGAUGCUGGCGCCUUGCUAGGUUUAAUUCGACUGGUGAAGUACCUUUCCCAGGAUCAUUUAUUUGGGAAACAGAGGGUUAAAUUUGUAGUAGAUGCUGGCACUGGGACAACUGCUAUUGGUUUGGGUCUUGGAGCUCUAUGUUUAGGGCUCCCCUGGGAUGUAACUGCAGUGAUGCUGGCUGAUAGAAUUGAUGGAUAUAAACGGCAGGAGAAGCGAUUGAUUUCUGAAUUCAGGAAGCAUUUUGGCGCUCCUGUUGACCUAGGCAAGGAUGAAGAAGUAAAUGGGGGAAUUGUAAAUUGGGUAGAGCGCUUCCGUCCAAGAAAAUUUGGCAAUGUGCUAGAUGGGGAAGUGGAGACAUGCAGACAAAUUGCUCAGAAAACUGGUAUUCUUGUUGAUCCUAUUUACACUCUAGCUGCUUGGGAAAUGGCUACUUUUCUUUCUCAAAAGGGAACCAAAGCGAAUGGAGAUAUUGUGGUAUUGCUUCAUACUGGUGGUACCCUGGGACUGUUUGGACUAGCUCAAAGGUAUAAAUCUUACUUUAAUGAUCUGAAAAAUGUGUUCCCUAAUUAACAAUUGUAGAAUAAUGACUCGAUUUUUUAAUUGAUCGAACUCUCUCCCUUAAUCUCCGUAAUCUGUUUGAAGUAUGUAUGGCACCGAGUGUGCUAUUACUGUGUGGAAGAAAAGGGGGCCUAGUAAGCUUCCCACGAUUAAUAAAAUGAUAAAGUAGUAUGCAUGAA